AUGCAGAGGUGCAUCAAGGUGGUGGACGACAUUCUCCUCUAUGACGACGACUUCAAGACCCUCAUCCAGCAAGUCGACCAGAUGCUUUGUAGGUGUCACAAGAACGGGAUCACUCUCAACCGAGACAAAUUCGUGAUCGCCGCCCUUAGUGUAAGCUUCUGUGGUUACACCAUCUCAGACAAGGCUGCAAAUGUAACCGACCUGGGUUCCUUCAUGGGCCUGGUGAACCAGCUGUCGGAAUUCACCCGAAGCAUCGCGGCUACUGCCCAAACACCCCACCCCUUGCUGAGCCCAAAAUGCACAUUCGUAUGGACAGCCGACUAUGACGAGGCCUUCCAACACGUCAAAAAAGCCCUGUCGCACCCACUUGUUCUAGCCAAUCGUGCUACAAACAGACGCCUCUCGACUCUACCGUAUCGGCUAUGCCCUAUUACAGGAUCAUGGCCAGCGAUGUUACACCUCGUUCGGUGUGGCUCUCGCUUCUUAACCAAAUUGGAGAUGCUCGCCGACGUCUGGGUCACUGCCAAAUGCAAAUCUUACCUGAUUGGAGUCCCAAACUUCAUCUUAAUGACCGACCACAGGCCACUGAUACUGAUCCUAAACAAGUACACAUUAGAUGCAGUAGAGAACCCUCGCCUUCAACACCUAAAGGGCCACAUCUCACCCUCCCAGUUCAUAGCUGUAUGGGGUGCUGGGAAACAGCUCGCAACCCACCUGAGGAGUAUAGUGACUUGCAACACCAUCGGCACCAUAACUGACCCCAAGAAUCAAGAUGCCGACAGAACCCUGCAAGAGCUACGCAAAGCAAGUGUCGACACCGAAUACGCCUGUCUCAAGGAUGGCAUGACUACUGGUUUCCCUUCCAAUCGAUACGACCUGCACAAAUCGCUGCUCCCCUACUGGAAAAUCCGAGACAGCCUCUCUGCCGACGGGGAGCUGGUUCUGUAUGGCCAACGAAUCGUCAUACCUACUGUCUACCGCCGAUGCACACUCAUCCAACUCCACGCCAGCCACCGCGGCAUAGAGGCGAUGAAACGUCGGGCACGGCAGACUGUAUUUUGGCCUGGAAUAGACAUUGACAUCAAGAGCACAGUAGAAGCCUGCCAGCCGUGUCAGGUCGUGCAACCCAGCCAACAACAGGAACCCAUGCAGAACGACGACCAUCCUACGAGACCUUUCGAGUCGGUAUCAGCCGAUUUCUUCACAACGGUGGACCUCAGUUCUCAGUUCAGCCAUGCAAAAGCGGCCGUCAAGUCGACCAAGUACCUCAUCAUGAAGACAGCGCCAUCCGGCAACAUUGACAACGAAGACUUCGACAGAGGCCUCCUCGAACUGCGCAACAUCCCUAAUGCCACAGGAAGAUCACCAGCGCAGAUUCUCUACGGACGCCCGCUUUGUCCCUACGUUCUGGCCCUCCCAGAGUCCUUCUCACAGGAAUCGCAGGAGAAAUCCGGAGACUGA